AUGCCAUCACCGACGUCGCUGUUACAGAGCCCUACGAUCCGCAUCCAGAAAUCGAGUCCUACCCCAGUCCCUACAACACAACCGCCCAUGCUGGCCCAGAGUGCCCUGGUGGGUGGAUGGAACGACGGGUAUAACAGCCCCGGGGGUUAUCUGAGCGCGCUGCCAAAGAAUUUCCAAGACCAACGAUACCAUAAGAGAGAUUCGUCGGGAUCCUCUGUAACCUCGCUGGGCCCGCCUUCGCCGCUCGCCCAAAACACUAUAUACCCACACAUUGUCGCCACAUCUGACUCGAGUUUUCCACCUUCCUACGAUUUCGACUAUACUCAGACUCCACACACUGCCAAGUCAGAUUCUGCCAUGAUGUACCCCACCAACUUCGCUGCUGUUGAUAUGAGGAGGAUACACUCAACAGGCGCCGACGAGCGUGCGUCAUAUGCUCUAUCUGCGCCGCAGUCAGUAUCGACAAUGAGUCACAACUCGCCUGCGACGCCGCAUACUACUUAUGAGCCCGAGUACGAUGAGAAAAAUGUCUAUGGUGAGAAUCCCGAGAAGGACGACGACAUGUUUUCCAAUUACUUACACUUCGAACCAGGCUACACAAACGCGUACCAGCAGUCUUUGCAAGACGUUUUUCCCGACCAGCAUUUCGCCAACCCCAUGAGCGCCUACACUCAGGCGCAACCGAACAUGCAGCAGAGGAUCGCCGUCAAUGCCCACAGGCAGAACAUGAUGGCGGACAGGCUCCAGGCCGCACAACAAGACCACCUGAGAACAGACUCGCCCACCUCGAAUCCUCGCGACAAGUCACCCUUCAGGCAAAACUCGCCUUACAGCAUGCCGGCGCCAACACAGCGACCUCAGCCCACGCUGCAAAAGCAACGCACCUCGAUCUCGCCCAAAGAGCUGAUGUUGGACGAGCACGACGUUGACGACCACUCGACGCCACUGUUCGCGGCCGACCAGUCACAAUCCAUGUUCGCAAACCGUAGAACCCCGUCGAAUCUUUCCAGCUUCUACACCGCCGCCAGCGAACCUUCGAUACAAAUCCCCCAACAAUAUCCAUUUGUCAGUCAGUCGUCGAGGCAAGCAGGCCAGGCCGGAAUGCACGACAUCAGUCCCGAGUUCCCUGCCCACAUGAUCUCGAUGGAGUCGACCGCAGAUGAAUCGUCGGAGCCUUCCAGUCAGCAGGCCAUGCAAAGGCCUAGACCACAGUCGCAAACUGCUGCGCCUCACCAGCAGUCACAGACUCAGCAGCGGCCAGUCGACACAUCAUCUGACGCGGGCACCUACUCGUGUACGUAUCACGGUUGCCACCUGAGAUUUGACACACCAGCCAAACUUCAGAAGCACAAGAGGGAAGGUCACAGGCAGACUUCACCGACGUCCUCCGGAUCUGCAAACCUGGCUUUGCGGAACUCGCAAGCUGGACCGCACCGAUGCGACCGGAUCAAUCCUAGCACAGGCAAGCCCUGCAACUCGAUCUUCUCUCGGCCGUACGACCUUACGAGGCACGAGGAUACCAUUCACAACGCCCGGAAGCAGAAAGUCCGCUGCCACUUGUGUACGGAGGAGAAAACUUUCUCACGAAACGAUGCGCUGACACGACACAUGCGCGUUGUGCACCCCGACGUUGACUGGGUCGGCAAGCAGAAGCGCAAGAGCCAGAAAUAA